CCUGGUGUUCCUCCAAGUUUCUCCCACCCCCCCGUCCCUCGCUAUCAUUUCUCGGCGUCGGGACGCAGAGGAGCAAAACUUUUUCUUCCUGUCGCUCUUCCACCUCUGAAGUAAAACCUGCAGCAUGUCUCCUCCGUCUCGACGGCUUCAGACGAAGCCCGUGAUUACGUGCCUGAAGACUUUCCUCAUCUCCUACAGCCUCAUUUUCUGGUUCACGGGUGUGAUCCUGCUGGCUGUCGGGGUGUGGGGGAAGGUCAGCCUGGAGGCCUAUUUCUCGCUGGUUUCUGACGACAGCACCAACGCGCCGUACGUCCUCAUCGGAACCGGAGCCAUCAUCGUUAUUUUCGGUCUGUUCGGCUGCUUCGCCACCUGCCGCGGCAGCCCAUGGAUGCUCAAACUGUACGCCAUGUUUCUGACCCUGGUGUUCCUGGCGGAGCUCGUGGCUGGAGUCUCAGGCUUCAUCUUCAGACAUGAGAUCAAGGCCAAGAUCAGUGUUGCUUAUCGCAGUGCUGUGUUGUCUUACAACCAAACCAGCAGCAAACAUGAAGUGGUCGACAACCUCCAGAGGAAGCUGCAUUGCUGUGGCUUCAAAGAUUACACCGACUGGAAUGAAACGGAGUACUUUAAGGAGAAAGGCAUCCCCUUAAGCUGCUGUAUAGACAAAUGUUCUCCAGAGAGCCUGAAGGACCUCGACAAGGCAAAGAUGGAAGUUUUCAACAUGGGCUGCUUCGCUCUGGUGACCGACAUGAUGGAGGGCAACCUGGGAGUCGUCGCUGGGGUCUCUUUUGGGAUCGCGUUCUUUCAGCUCGUUGGGAUUUUCCUGGCGUGCUGCCUGUCUCGCUACAUAACCAACAACCAGUAUGAGAUGGUCUAACAGUCACCUGCGCAGGUUACUGAGGAGCAGCUCCUGGUGAAAUUUGGGAUUUUAAUAUUCGCUGGUAUCGUUUGGGGAGUGAAGAAAAUGGAACAGCUCCUACUUUUAUUCAGUCUCGCCAACAGCAGACGGAGCAGAAAGGGAAACGAAAAGGGACGACAGCUGCAGCGCUGUUUGACCGAAAAAGAAAAAACGGCAACGAGACAUUUCAGAAACUUGCUACUCUUUAGAUUUAAUCAUAGCCUUCGUCAUGUAGUCGUCACUUUUUAAGUUGCGUUGUCAGUAUUUUGUACUUGGUGUCACAGCUGCCUUAUUUUGUAUUUAGAGACCAAGUUUGUAAAAGUUAAAUCCGUCAGCAUCGUCCGUGGUCGCACCCUGGAAUCAAGUCAUGAAAUGAGCCUUCGUGAUGACGUGGGUCAGUACCUGCUGCGUUCAUGUGCCUUUCUCAGCAGCUCCGCCAACUUUCUACUAGUCUUCAGUGUUAGUGUGUGUUUCUGUUUGUGGAUGCAUGUUAAAAAAA